CGCUCAGGGACAAUGCCCAGGUCUUGAGUUCAAGUCUAGGACCACACCGACGGGACAGUCCAACUGUGCCUGAAUGGCAUUUGCAUGUCUGUCUGUCCAUGGUCGCCCCCCCCCCCAGCGCGGCGGAGGUGGCCACCCUGGAGUGGGAGCUGCUGGAAGAGUACCGUUUCGGGCGACAGCAGCUGGCGGAGCUGUGCGGGCAGGCCAGCGCGGUGGCCGUGACCAAGGCCUUCCCGCUGCCGUCCCUGCCCCGGAAGCAGAGGACGGUGCUGGUCGUGUGCGGCCCUGGGCAGAAUGGGGCGGUGGGGCUGGUGUGCGCCCGGCACCUGCGCAUCUUCGUGAGUGGCGGGCACCGUUCGAAGAAACCUAAGGAGACGUCCCAGGCUGACAGCCUGCCAAGGGGCUGUGCAGUCGACCCCGACUGCGACUGGCCAGAGGGGACGGGAGGCGGCAGACACCAGUGUGCCCAGGAGCCGUUUAUGCAAACACAGCAGGGGGGGCCUGGCAGCAGCAGGGACUCCGGGGGAUGGGACUGA